GCGGCCGCCCUCAGCGCCCAGCCCACCUACCAGGGGGUAGUCCGGGUGGUGUGCGGGGCGGCGGUGGGGAAGCUCUGUGAGGUCUGCUUCCUCCUCAACCUCUUCAUGAUCUCUGUGGCCCUCCUCAGGGUGGUGGGUGACCAGCUGGAGAAACUGUGCGACUCCCUGUACCCCAAUGGGACGCUGAGUGGGGCCCCCCACCCACCCCCCUGGUAUGCAGACCAACGCUUCACCCUCUCGGCUCUCUGCAUCCUCGUCAUCUUCCCACUCUCCGUCCCCAGGGAGCUUGGCUUCACGCAGGACAUCCUGGGCACGCUGGCCGCCUGCUACCUCACCCUGGUCAUCAUCCUGAAAUACCACCUGGAGGCAGAGAGCCUGGGCUCGCCCGAGCUCCCCCAGCCCUCCAGGCCCUCCUCCUGGGCCUCCAUCUUCAGUGUCAUCCCCACCAUCUGCUUUGGCUUUCAGUGCCACGAGGCCUGCGUGGCCAUCUACAGCAGCAUGCGCAACCAGAGCUUCUCCCACUGGGUCGCCGUCUCCGUGCUCUCCAUGCUCAUCUGCCUACUCAUCUACUCCCUCACCGGGCUGUACGGCUAUCUGACCUUCGGACAGCGAGACCUCCCGUUCCCCCAUGUCCAAAGGCAUCCCCAGGUCGGAGAUGCAGAGACCUCCCAAGCCCCCUGUCCCCUUCACAGUGACAGCCCCAGGACAGACAGAUAG